GGAUUUCAGGAGCUAGAAUACUUAUAGCAAGUCAGCUUAUAGGCGACUCUGGUGAUACUUAGGUAAUCCCUAAAGUUUACACGACUGAUCCGAGGUCUAGAUCCCCCUUUCUACCAAGGUGAUACUCAAAACACGUUCAGAUUUAAACAAGUCGAUGUUGAACCAAGAAACACGACGCCUCUUAAUUAUUCCAUUGAAGUCAAUUCACAAUUGACUACAGUACGGAGGGGACAGUUCGGUUUGAAUAAUAGCUGAUAUCAGUCGCUUGCGCACGGUCACAAGUGUUCCUUUAUAUACUAAAAUAGAGGUCUCGAUAACUUCUGAUAGUGUAAUAAGAAGUGUUUGUUGUUGUUCAGCAAGGCUAAAAUUGUUAAUUUUCCGUGUCAGUGUUAUCAAAUUGAAUCUUCAGUGAAGUGAAGCCAAAAUGCUGAGUACAUUGAGGCGCGCCUUCCAGCAGUCGCUGAAGAAGCGCCCUCUGUUGACCAACUUGACAGUGUACAUGACAUUUUAUUCGGCUGCUGAAUUUACGCAGCAGACUUUCAACAAAAUGUAUUUGCCGGAAAAACCUGACUAUAACUUAGUUUCAGGAGCCCGUGUUGUUAUUGUGGGCAGCUGUCUCUACGCACCAACUUUAUAUUAUUGGUACAAACUCCUGGACAGGAAGUUUGUGGGCACAGCUGCCAAGACCGUCCUGACGAAAGUAGCGUGUGAUCAGUUCAUCAUGACGCCUACACUGCUGGCCUUAUUCUUCACGAUUCUCAGCAUACUAGAAGGUAAAGCAGAUAUAUUUGAGGAACUACGCCAGAAGUACGUGAAAGCGUUUAUAGCGAACCAGUCAUUCUGGAUCCCGGUGCAGACAGUGAACUUCUCCCUAAUCCCUUCGCAUCUGAGGGUCACGUACGUGGCUUCUGCCUCCUUCAUUUGGAUCAACGUCUUGUGUUACAUUAAGCGACAGCAGCUUGGAUCUACUAAGUCUAUAGAAUAGGAAAAUUAGUCUCGGCAAGUCAUUUUGAAGAAGUAAGCUAUAAGCGGCGCUCUUAGUGACUUUGCGAUGGUUAAGGUGUUAGUUGCCGCCUGCAACUGCCCAGCGACUGUAAGGAAUCGGCCGCUUUCGAUCGAAAGGACAGCAGCACAAGCACGGUAGUUGCAGUUGGCUACUCCCUUUCAAAUAGCACCUUUAGGUUAAAUGUACCUACGAACAAAAUACGACUGUCAAAUAUUCGGAUUCGACUUCGGAGAGGUAAUAUUACGAGAAGAUUAUGCCUUGUAUUGAUUUGUACCGUAGGUAAAAAUCUGCCAAUGGUCCAUUAUGUAUGAACCUCCACUGUCGGUUGUCACAUUCCGUGAACACAUUCCACAUGGCAUUCAUUCAGCUGUGUUAACAUUUCUUCAGCGAAUAUUAAAUUAUAAGUAAUUAAAAUGCAUUGGGAACAAAUAUCCGUGUAAUCUAUUAAAGAUUAGCUGUAAGUAAGUGGUUCAAAUAAAUCGUAAAUUAAAAUGAUUGAACUGAUUUUCAUGAUGGUUCCGUUUGAUAUGGGUAUAUGCCAAGUUUACUGUUUUUAUAGCUGUGUUACUUUUAUUGUUAUAAAUAAAGCUUAUUGAAAUAAUGAA